ACUGCUUCCUGUUCAUCUUUCUCCUCCCCCGCUGUUUUCACCCUUCUAGCCCUCUCACAGACAACACAACGACGGCACAGAGGGGCCGCUGAACGAGGAGGGUGGGAAGAGGAAAAUGGAAACCAAAAAAAAGGAGAAAAGGCACAUGGGGGAGGGAAGUUAACAUGCGAGCAUGUGAAUUAGAGGAAGGAGAAGAAUGAGAGGAAAUAAGCAUCAGCAUUGAAAUUAGAAGAAAGGCUGGACAAACAGAGAGACUGAAGGCUUACGCAUCAAGCAAGGAUUAACCCGAUCUAUCCACCACUGCUUUGAUUUUCACAAUUUGGCGAGAAAGGCCAUGGGGCUAACUGUCUACCGACUUUAUCCUUCCUCUGGCCAGAUGCAGCAGCGGCGGCGGCGGCAGCACCGUCAAGCAUCAAGCCUCUGGGGACAAUGCGCCAAGACAGACAGAGAGACUGCAACACUCGAGCUCUGGCACAUGUUCUGCCGAUGCACACAGACACCCCGGUGCAUGCAUGUGGUACACUGCUACAAAUAUCUGGAAAAGCACUAAAUUUCCAACUGACCAAUGAUGAAAAACUAUUACUUUUACUUCCUGAGUAAACAAAGAGGUUUAUCUGCCACACGUCGUAAAGGAAAUUACUGAGGAUCUAAGCCGUCAAGCUCCAAUGACUGUGAUUUGGCUUGGUGCACAGAGCAGACCAAGACCAAGAGAGCGAUCAGUGGAUGAGGACUGCAAUCUAUCAAAUCCAAGAAUGGUGGAUACCAGGAAGAGACGAGUACUCUGAUUAAAAAGGGCAAUCUCUGGACAACAGCAAAGAGAUUUACACAUACAGAAACGAGAUAUCAACACAGGGCCAACCCACCACAUAAACUUGGCUUCAUCGCCAGGGACCAGGACCUGGUCAGAAGCUGCUGAUCAGUGACCUUAUGAGCGUAAUGACUGAGUGAACAGUCACAAGCAGAACCAUGCUGUGGAGACGGCGCCACCGCUGUAUGCACACAGCUAAACUUUUCUAUAUCGUCUCACUGUUGGGUGUACUGAUCUUUCUGGUCAACCAGGUGUGGCUGCCUAGGCUCACAGGUAUGCCGUGGUGGAGAGAUCAUCCUGUGGUGUACGGAGGUGGAGUAUUUCAUGCUGCCAAACCCAAACUGAACACCUCCCAACAUUCAAUGUGGAGGUUUGUCAUUGUUUCUCAGCCAAUUUUCGAGGACGACGCUAACAUCAGCUCCCAUGAGAGCAAAGGCGUCUUGUCUCAUCAACAAGACCAAGAUUUUGAGGACACACUGGCAGCCAAUACAAGCCAAAGUGAAGAGGGAGACCAUGGAGGCACAAUAACUCGUGGGCCCUUCCCUUAUAUCAUCAAUGAGCCAGACAAAUGUGUGCAGAGCAGAGCCACGCCAUUUCUGGUGUUACUGAUAGCCACUGAGGCGAGGAAGGUGGAGGAAAGGAACGCCAUACGCCAGACAUGGGGGAAUGAGAGUGUUGCCCCUGCUCUGGGAUUCAUUCGGCUCUUCAUGUUGGGGAAAAAUGAGGGAGAACUAGGACUUUUACAGCAAAAGAUGCUAGAAGCUGAGAGCCAAAGGCAUCAUGAUAUCAUUCAGCAGGACUUUCUGGAUUCCUACAAAAACCUGACCAUAAAGACAUUGAUGGGAAUGAACUGGGUGGCGAUGCACUGUCCACAGGCCAGCUAUGUCAUGAAGACGGACAGCGACAUGUUUGUCAACACUGAGUACCUCAUAUAUAAUCUGCUCAGGCCAGAACUGAAGCCCAAGAAGAACUACUUCACAGGCAAUAACAUGAGAGGCUUUGCACCCAACCGAAAUAUAAACAGCAAGUGGUACAUGCCCCCGGAGCUGUACCCAGGUGAGAAGUAUCCCACCUUCUGCUCUGGGACUGGUUACGUCUUCUCUGGUGACUUAGCAAGGAAAAUCUACCAAGCAUCUCUCAGCAUCCGCCACCUGCAUCUGGAGGAUGUGUAUGUGGGAAUAUGCUUGGCCAAGCUCCAGAUUGAGCCCACGCCACCGCCCAAUGAGUUCCUAUUCAACCACUGGCGUGUGUCUUACUCCAGCUGCAAGUACAGCCACCUGAUAACAUCGCAUGGGUUUCAUCCCAAUGAACUACUUAAAUACUGGCAUCACCUGCAAAACAACAAACGCAACGCCUGCAUCAACACACUUAAAGAGAGAGUGGGCAGGACGCACAGAAUGCAUGGGAAGAAACAAGCUCAAUAACAGAAACUGUUGCACCCACAAGCUCUUUGUUAGAUGCAAUCAUUGUUAGCUCAGCACAUUUUCUUCUUAACUUGAUAUGAAGGGAGUAAUCCACAGUUUUUCCAUAUGAGAACUCAAAACAAACUCUGCAUUGAUGUGUAAAAACUGACGAAGUGCUCCAAUAUUCUUGCCAAUUUUGUACAAAAGAGAUGAAAACUGUUUCUAUGUCUGAGUCAAAACACUGGUCUAUUUUUACAAAAGAGUAAGAUGUUGAGUGAGACCCUGUUGUGACACGACAGUGGAUGAGAUGACACCUCUCUCAGAACGUGAAAGACCAGCAGGAUUUUUAUUUCAUAUAUUGUUGAUAAUUUAAACAUUUUAAACUAUUUUUACUGACCUACUUGAGAAACAAAGAGAGUUAGUCAGUGCCAAGUGAUGCUGUGAGCCAGGACAUGGCAAUAAUCAUAGGGACCAUAUGCUCCUCCAGCAAACACCAAUCAUUAAAAUAAAAGGUUUUUUUUUCUGAA